CCCUCUACUUCUCCCCUAUGGUGUGUUAUGAUUGAUUAUGUAUUAAAGGGUUAUGAAGACACAAUAACUCAGAAUAAGACGCAGAAAUUAUGUCACAAUGCUUGCAAAGACUGGAGUUGGUGUGAAUCUUCAAACUACAACAUGGCAUCAGGUCAGUGUCAGCUCCUUAACGGUUCACACUAUGGUGACUCUAGAAGCUUGGUGUCAAGUAAAGCAUGGGUGUACUCCUACACCUGUAGCAAGGAUGCAGUUGAAACAACUACGAGACAACAAUAUCCUUGUCAAGAUAAGGACAAUGAAUAUGAUGAUUACCCAAUAUUAUUGACUGCAUUGAAGUAUCCCAGUGCCAACUUGACACAGGCUAGAGAGCGUUGUGCACAGUGUAAUAUGCAACUGUGUUCAUUGGCUCAGUUGAAAGCUGCCUACGAUGCCGGUUACCGUAAUGAUAAAUGGGGCUUGGUCAACAUCCAAGGACGAGACGCAAUGGUGACGUCAUGUGGUAACCGCUAUUACGCAAGUUUGACAGAAUGUUUCUUUAGAAUCGAAGGAAACAUGGCUUCCAGCGUCAUUCCGCACACCCCGAGACCUUACGAGAACGCGCAAGCGUUCUGCUGUCGUGCGUGUAACAUGUAUACAGAUUUCCCCAUAGUACAAACACCCAAGGCCUACCCAAGUACCGACCUGUCACUUGCCAGUGAACUCUGCGCAUUGUGUGGUAUGAAGCUGUGUUCAUUGGCUCAGUUGAAAGCUGCCUACGAUGCAGGUUACCGCAAUGACCAAUGGGGCUUGAUCGACACAAUUGGACAACUCGCCAAAGUAGCAUCCUGUGAAGGUUUGGCUCCAGAUACAUGUUACUCCGUCGUUAAGGGCGGUGUAGGGACAAGCCGUAUUCCUUUCACUGAGGCUUAUUCAGCUGGAUUGAGUCAGUCUUAUUGCUGUCCCGUAUGCACUCUCUAUAAAGACUAUCCUAUCUUCUUCACACCGGAGGAGUAUCCCAGUGCCGACUUGACACAGGCCAGAGAGCGUUGUGCACAGUGUGAUAUGCAACUGUGUUCAUUGGCUCAGUUGAAAGCUGCCUACGAUGCAGGUUACCGUAGUGAUGAAUGGGGCUUGAUCGACAUCCAAGGACGAGAGGGAAGGGUGACUUCAUGCGAUGACUACUUCGACGUUCCUGGGGAGUGUUACUUUACAGAAGGAGGACAGGGGAACAGCACCAUACCGAACACACCGCGAAUGGCUGCGUACAUGAUUGGUUACUGCUGUGUUCGUUAACAUAAGAUUGACUUCGUCAGAAGUUUAACAUCAAUACAUAAUCCAUCUUUUGGUACACGAAGUGAUUCGGUAAAAAAGGGGAUUGUGUUUGAGAGAUAAUCGCGACUGAAGUUGCACUAUUUUCAAACUGCUGUUCUGGGUAUCUGCUAGCUUUAUUUAGGUUGUAUUUAUUGGUUGUUUUAAGGCAAAUAAACAACUGCAUAUUAUUUUCUCACAAUGUUAGGCCUUUGUUAGAGAACAUUUACUGCACAAUAUGGGUUUUAUAGUUGAGACAAAGUCUAUACAAAAAAGAAUCACCAUUGCACAUAAAAUGACACAAAUGUGUUCAAAAAGAAUGAAAUUGGUGUAAUGUUACCACCACCCUAAAGAUGUUCAUUUGGUUCUCUUUUUGGUAUCUUAUCAUGUAUGUUUACUUAAUCAGCCAAAGUUGUAUAAUAUGCUAAUGUUGUAUAGAUGAUAUAUUAAUUUCUAUUGUGCACCUUAUUACAGUUUGUAUAUAGCACCAUAAGCAUUAUGCCCGAUGGAGGGCGCUCCUAAUUGACACGCAUGUGUGCCAAUACCCAAGUUUGUUGUAUACAGUGUACACAUCUAUAACAUUAAUUGUGAUUAGAAUAGGUGUGUUGAUAUUGCCAUUUUUUUGUAUUACACAUAAUUAUGUCACUGUAUUUAUAAAUACAGCUUAUAUUAUACAGGGCUUGUCCACAGUACACUGGCCACUAUGACAUCUUAAAAAUUGGAUGUCGACAAACUUCCUGAAACUCAAUGCCAUCAAAACUGAGGUUAUGGUGAUUGGGUUUAAAGCCCAAUUGGCCAAGUUCAACCUUUCCUCAGUGACUGUUGCUGGUGACGAUGAGUGCACAUGUCGCAACUACCAUCAGAUCUGCCAACUAUCAUCUUAAUAACGUUAGUCGUGCUCGCAAGAUGCUCACUACUGAGGCAGCCAAGCUAGCUGUGCACACAGUCAUCUCCAGGUUGGACUACUGCAAUAGCCUCUUGAUUAGUGUCAACAAAUCCCUAAUCUCUAAACUCCAGAAUGUCCAACGCACCUCUGCUCGUGUCAUGUCAAGCGCCCGCUAGCGUUCGUUCAUUACAAGCGUGUACAGUUUUUGCCGUGCAUAAUCGGAACGUUGGUUGUGUGUGACCACGCAACACCAAUGGUCUAGGAACCAAGACUACAACGCAGACAGCUUAGAUCAUCCACAUCUUCCCAUCAGUUUAUCGUGCCCAGAACCCAUGCUGUGUCAUUUGCAGAUCGCUCACUCUCCUGUUUUUGACCAAAGGAAUGAAACACUCUCCCUAACCACAUCAAGGAUGCUAACACUAUUCGCAUCUUACAGAAACUCCUCAAAUGUUUUCUAUUCCAACAAGUGUAUCAACAUUAACUUCAUCCAACUGUCUUGAGCGCCUUUGAACAACUUUGGUUGAAUUUGGCGCUAUGUAAAUGCCCUCUGAUUGAUUGAUUGAUUGGUUCGAAUCCCAAGCUUGACCAUUGUCCUUGAGAAACUUUAAUUGCCUCUCUUCACUCGGGGAUAAAUGUGUACUCAUUUAGGCAGAAGGCAGAGUGUCUCAUUGUGGUUAUAUGGGAGACUUUCCAACGCUAGGUGGCAGCAGACACACCGUGAAAAUUUCCAUUGUUUACGUAGUUCUGAACAUGCGCAUAUCUAAGAACAUUGGCUUAACCCGGCAAGUCUGCUGCCACCUAUCGUCCUAGAAAGUCUCCUAUUGGUGCUCCACUUGGAGGCACUGGUUGUAUAUAUUAUACGCAUUUUCUUCAUUGUAAAAUAAUAUUUCAAUUAAAUACUUAUAGAUUGUUGUUCCUAUUCAUCAAUAGAUAAAUUUCAAAUGGUAAAACCUAGCCAGAAGACGUCAUCAAGCUGUCACAGAAAUUAACUUUGUUUUUGAAGGGUAUUAUCUGUAAUUUUAAAGCUAAGUGGACGUAAUGCGAGAGAAAGAUGGGGGCAGACUGGGACACCGUAUUACUCAACGGCUGACAUUUUGUUAACAGUGGUCCAUCUGAGACACCGUACGAUAAUCUGUGAUUUUCUUUACGGUUUGUAGUGAACGGUGGUUUUUUGUUUCAACAUUUUAAUGUUUGUAAAAGACAAUUAAAACCCACUGGAAGCACCCAUUGUCUAAAGCAAGCGAUGGUUGAUCUUUUAUUGCUUAUUAAUGGAAUAGUAUUUGUCUUAUUCGUUUCAUUUUUAUCAUUCUUAUUGCUUGGGUCAGAUGAUGAUUUCCUAUACAAUAACACUUUGUCAAGACUUGUUGGGGGUGGGAUGGAGUUGGGGGUGCCCCCACCAUUUUUUGUUUGCCUUGAGCUGUUUGAUUCUGCAUCUUUCUAUUGUUAUUCUUUUAUGGGGUUGGGUAAGAUGUUACCAUGGUAACUGUUUGUUUGACCUUAGGUAAAACGAUGUUAACUUUUUUAAAGUGAUUUUGUUUUACGUCUUAAAGGAAGUGUCCUCUUAACUGGGGACUUUUCCCAAAAUCCAUUUGUUGAUAAGUAUGACUGGGUUGCGUUGUUAAAUGCGCUGACGAAAUUUCAAAAGCUCGCUUUCACCGGAAGCCAUUCGGUUUGUGUGUAUUGUAUGCCUUUAUUUAGGCGUUCCAUUUAUUUUAAGAAAUACAAUAUUUGUAAAAUGCUUAUUCCAAGAAAAAAGAAAAGAAACGUGUUCUUAUAGCGUGAUCCAACGAAACGUUUUGAUUUCACUAUCUUCAAUUGAUAAAAACACAUUGAAGAAUUUGUGAUGACGAUUAUACUAUUGACAAAGAUGUGAGGACUUUAACCUCUAGGAGAUUAAACUUCGUUAUAACAUGAUGUAGCGAUUAAAGAGAGCAUUGCGGCAAUACU